AUGGGAUCGCUCCAAUCGCAGUCGCCAUGGGCCGAUCUCGCCAAGCAAGUCACUCGUCACAGGAAACUCAGCGAACCCGAGCGCGAAUCCAAGCGUCGAGACGGCAAUUCCACCCAUUUCUUCGCGGACCAGCUCAAGUCGUGCAAGAGCCUCACGAAGGGUCGUCAAAUCCACACCCAGAUCCUCGAGACAAAGCACUACCGCAACAUCUUCCUCGCCAAUCUGGUGAUCGAGAUGUACGGCAAGUGUGGCAGCGCCGAGGAGGCGCUGCGAGUGUUCAAGGAUCUGAGCGAACCCAACAUAUUUUCCUGGAACAUCCUUCUCGCGGCGUUGUCACGCAAUGGCGAGAUCGAUCGCGCCAGGAUGGCGUUCGAGAAGAUGCCGGUGAGAGACGCGGUGUCGUGGAAUGCGAUGAUCGCAACAUAUGCCCAGAUCGGUGGAUUCGUGGGCGAAGCGCGAAAUCUUCUCUUCGCGAUGCCGCAAUGGGAUCCAGUGUCGUGGACAACGGUGAUCGCAGCGUAUGCCGCCGUGGGGGAUAGCAAGGAGGCCGUGAUCCUCUUCCGGAUGAUGGAUCUCGAGGGGAUUCCCGCGGAUGGAGUGGCGUUCGCGGCGGUGCUGGAUGCGUGCGCGAGCCACGCGACGCUGUCCGACGGCGCGGCGAUCCACGCGAGCAUCCUCGAGAGUGGAUUCGCGAUCAGCACGGUGGUUUCCACCGGAUUGGUGAACAUGUAUGGGAAGUGCGGCAGGCUGCGCGAGGCGAGGGCGAUCUUCGAUGCGAUCGCGUUCCGGGAGAGGGAUCUGGUGCUGUGGACGUCGAUGAUCGCGGCGUACGCGCAGUGGGGGCGCGGCGAGGCCGCGAUCGAGGCGUUCCAGAGCAUGCUCUUGGACGGGAUCGUGGCGGACGAGGUGGUGUUCAUCAGCGUUCUCUGCGCUUGCAGCCACGCCGGGCUGCUGGAGCUGGGCUGCCAGUACUUUGCGUCGAUCGAGCCGGACUAUCGGGUAGCGAUCGGCGUCCACCACUACGCCUGCGCGAUCGAUCUCUUGGGAAAGGCUGGCUGGCUGGACGAGGCCGAGAGCUUGAUCGAGAGGAUGCCGUUUGAUCCGGACGGCGCUUGCUGGACGGCGCUUCUGGCAGCGUGCAAGCUUCACAAGGAUGGCGAUCGUGCGGAGAGGGCGAGCGAGCGGGCGAUGGCACUGGAUCCCGAGAGCGCCGCUCCCUACGCGCUGCUGGUGAAGAUCCAGGGUGGCGGCGAGGCCUCCGAGCAGACGACGCGGCGGCGAUUGGAGCGAGGGGUGCGCAAGCUCGUCCCGGGGUGUAGCUCCAUCGUGGUGAGGGAUCGGGUGCACGAGUUCACGGCCGGGGCGAUGGAUCAUCCCCGCGCGGCGGAGAUCUACGAGGAGCUGGAGCGUUUGAGGGCCCCCCUGGCGGAGGCGGGCUACGUUCCGGACACCGGAGUGGUGAUCCAGGCGGUGGACGAGCGCGAGAAGGAGCGGAUCGUGCUCGCGCACAGCGAGAAACUGGCAGUGGCGUUUGGGCUGCUCGCGACGCCCGCGAAUUCGCCGCUGCGCGUUGUCAACAAUCUCCGGAUGUGCUCCGAUUGCCACUCCGCCAUGAAAUUCAUCGCGUCCAUCACCCGGCGCGAGAUUGUGGUGCGCGAUCUUAUUCGUUUCCACCGCUUUGACGAGCAAGGGCGUUGUUCUUGCGGGGAUUACUGGUGA